AUGAAGCAUGGUGUAGAAAGUGACUUCUGGGGUUUUGAUGGAGUGGCGGGAUCCUCGUGGACAGAAAAUUUCUGCACAAGUAGUGCAUGCUGGAUUGACGCAGCCUCCGUCUCCGUCUUCCUCUCCUUCUCUAUUCUACAACGUUCCGAAGAUUUAAAAUACCAGCGCUACCAUCCGAUGAGAGUUCCUAAAACAAUGACCGAGUUUUCCAUGCGUCCUCCUUCUCCGCUUCUCUCUCUCUCUCUCUCUCUCUCUCCUUAA